GAUCACGCUUAAUUUAUGAAUGACGUCUUUUUAUCUACAGUUUUUAUUCUUCUGUGCGAUGGAGGCGACAUCCGUGAAAUCAUGUUAAACUUUCUGGAUCUUGGGCUUCUCAAUGGAAAUUACGCAUUUAUCACUGUCCACUUGCCUAAACGUUCUUACAUUGGUAACAACACAUGGAUGGGUAAUGAUGGCCGAGACAAUGACGCUAAGAAGGCUUACGAAGGAGUUUUGAACAUUGAGCAGAAGUUUGGCACAGAGAAGAGGUCGGGAGCGAAAGUCUCAGCUUUUGUGGAUCGCAUCAAAAAGCGAAUGAAACAAGAGCCAUUUCACGUAGACAUUCCUGAAAAUAGAACGGUAAGUUUUACUGCAUGUUGAAGCAGCAAGAGUCCAUUAU